AUGGCUGACAAUACCCACACUCCGGAGCCAUUGGUCUCCUCACCAUGGGCAAGAUCGCUAUAUGCCGGAGCUAUAGCAGGCUUCACCGUUGACCUCUGUCUCUACCCGCUCGACACGAUCAAAACCCGUUUACAAAAAGUCCGACAAAGCGUAUCAUCCGCAGCAACGGCAACAGUAACAGAUGGAAAUCUGUCCAAAACCAAGGGCCCUGCCUUGCGUCAAGCAAUUCGAGGAAUCUACGCGGGACUCCCUUCGGUCCUCUUCGGCUCGGCUCCGUCGGCUGCGUUUUUCUUCAUUACGUACGACGGCGUGAAACGAUCCCUGCUACCCUCGGCCGAGGAAGCCUCCAAGACGAGAACCUUUGUUGCUCAUUCGACCGCGUCGACCCUGGGAGAGAUCACGGCCUGUGUGGUGCGUGUCCCGACCGAGGUGAUCAAGCAGCGUGCGCAGGCUGGUCUUUUCGGCGGUUCGUCGCUGCGAGCCCUGACAGAUAUUCUGUCCCUAAGACAUGCCGGCGAUCCAGCAAGCGGGACGAACAAAAGAGGCCUGUUCCACAUGAUUCGAGAGCUGUACCGCGGGACUGGCAUCACAAUCGCGAGGGAGAUCCCUUUUACUAUCAUACAGUUUACAAUGUGGGAAGCUAUGAAAAACAGAUAUGCGCGAUGGGGCAAGUCAGACGAGGAAACCCCCUCUGGCCAAAUUCCAGCAGCUCCGAGUGCCUUUUUUGGUAGUAUUGCAGGAGGUAUCUCGGCUGGGCUGACGACACCGCUGGAUGUGAUCAAGACUAGAGUCAUGCUGGCCAGGCGUGAAGAGGGCAAUGGUAACAGCAGUGUUCGCGUGUCAGACGUGGUGCGGCGCAUCAUGAAAGAAGAAGGUCCCAGUGUUUUCUGGCGAGGCAUUGGGCCGCGAACGACUGCCAUUGCUCUUGGUGGUGCCAUCUUUUUAGGAAGCUAUCAAUGGGCGUUUAACACGCUCGAGGGUGGUUAUAAAAAGCGUGAGCCAGAUCUAUAG